AGAAGUUUUCGAUCACCAAUCCCAACAGAAACCGCGAGAAAAUUCCCCAGAAACCUCAACAGAAAAUAAGAAAAAUAAAACAGUUGAAAAUCAAAUCUUUUUGGAAUCUUGCACAGCAUUCAGCUUGGCACAACGUUGGAUUUCGUCGUUUCAAUAAGUUUCCGUGAGAGAAGAAGAAGAGGGUAAGAUUAGAGGAAGAAGCAGCAUAGAAACAUGGUGGCUGAAGCAGAGAUUGUGUGUCAACAGAACGUGGGUGUGUUGGAUGUGAAGUAUUUUCCGAAUAAAGGAAGCGAUAUUCACGAGAUCGCAGAUGCAGAUGCCAUCUCGCCUCCGAGUUUUGACCGAGUUCGUGCUUCUGAAUCAGUCUCCGCUGAGUUACUCACUUCACAACAGGAUGUUAGGUCUGCAGAAAGAAUCUCGGAUGCAGCUCUUGAAUCUGCGAUUUUGCAAUUUAUCCCUUGCAUCCGUUCUGGUAGUUUUGCUGACAUUGGGCCGCGGAGAUACAUGGAAGAUGAACAUAUAAGGAUAGACGACUUGUCGUCUCACCUUGGAUCACUAUACAACUUUCCCACACCAAGUGCCUUUUAUGGGGUGUUUGAUGGUCACGGAGGACCGGAAGCUGCUGCUUACAUAAGAAAAAAUGUGAUAAAAUUCUUCUUUGAGGAUGUCAGUUUCCCACAGACAUCUGAAGUUAAUAACGUAUUUUUACAAGAGGUAGAGGAUUCCCUCAGAAAGGCAUUUCUUUUGGCUGACUCAGCUUUGGCUGAUGAUUGCGGUGUGAAUACUUCAUCAGGCACCACGGCUCUUACUGCUUUGAUAUUUGGAAGGCUUCUAAUGGUGGCCAAUGCUGGCGACUGCCGAGCAGUUCUAUGUCGCAAAGGAGAGGCUAUUGACAUGUCUCAAGAUCACAGACCUAUUUAUCCGGCAGAGCGGAGGCGAGUUGAAGAAUUGGGUGGCUUCAUAGACGAUGGUUAUCUUAAUGGAGUUUUAUCGGUUACUCGAGCACUCGGUGACUGGGACAUGAAGUUACCUAAGGGUGCCCCCUCACCUUUGAUUGCAGAGCCUGAGUUACGGCAAGUGAUUCUAACAGAGGAAGAUGAAUUCCUCAUCAUAGGAUGUGAUGGCAUCUGGGAUGUGAUGUCAAGUCAGCAUGCAGUUAGCCUGGUUCGCCGUGGCCUGAGGCGGCAUGAUGAUCCUGAGAAAUGUGCCCGGGACCUGGUUAUGGAAGCAUUGCGCCUCAACACAUUUGACAAUCUAACGGUGAUCAUUGUAUGCUUCUCUUCCCUUGAUCACAGCGAGCCAGAGCCAUCGCCACCACGCCUGCGGAAUUUGAGAUGCUGUAGCCUCUCUGCAGAGGCUCUUUGUAGCUUGAGGAGCUUGUUGGAAGGCAGUGCUAGCAACUGAUGUAUAUACAGUUCAUCAAAUAAAGUGUUGUUUUUGAGAUUUAUAUCUACUGUUUUUGGCUGCUUCAGUUUAGACAUUGGAAAAAGCAGGCAUCAUUUUUUCACGUAGUCGGUUGAUGUACAUAGUCCGGUUUAGAGGAUGGUGGCGGUGUAUAUAUGUACUGUUGUUACGCUAUUAUUUUGUACUAUAGUCAAUUUUUGUUUCAAUUAUGACCGCCACAUUCAUGUCAGAUUCUUGUGUGUCAAUAAAAUUGUUUUGAAUAUCUUAGUUUCUAUUGUAUUAUCUUUAUUGCUGCUUG